AUGGAUAACUACCCCAUUCGUUAUCGCCCACAGACAGCUAAUUACGGAUCCAAAGCCACUUACUGGCCUGCUACUGGAACAGUCACAGACUCUGUGCCUAGAGCUGAUGUACCCGGUGCCAAAUGUCCAUUGCCCCUAGAGAGCGACCGCAGGUCGGGAAACACAGUGAAGAUUUUGCUGGAUAACGAAGAUGACAUGAAAUUUAAGUCGUACACAGGCAUGCUGAGAAAAAUUCGAGCACCUGCGUCUCCCUGCAUUCCCGUGCGCGUUCAGGCUGGGCAGGGGCAGGGAGGAAGGCUGCCCACCUCGCCUGCUCGAGGACGCAUCGGGCCGGCUGCCUGUGUGCCCUUCGUGGCCGCCGGCUGCUUCCCCGGCGGCAAAGUUUAUCCUGACUUGAGGUUGUCCUGGGUGAGGGCCGGCCCUUCCCGGCGCGCACCUCCGGCUGUCAGGCGGGAGGCGAAGGAGGCUUUGGGCCAGACCUCACCCCAUGGGCGGCAUCCACAGCACCAGCCCCGGGCUGCGCUGCUCCUGCUGCCGCCCUCCCAGGACUGCAGCCGGGCGCAGCCCUGCGACCACACCAAGGGGCUGGAGUGCAACUUCGGCGCCAGCCCCGCCGCGCUGAAGGGCAUCUGCAGAGCGCAGUCCGAGGGGAGACCGUGUGAAUACAACUCCAAGAUCUACCAGAACGGCGAAAGCUUCCAGCCGAACUGUAAACACCAGUGUACAUGCAUAGAUGGAGCUGUGGGCUGCAUCCCGCUCUGCCCCCAGGAGCUCUCUCUUCCUAACCUGGGCUGCCCCAGCCCCAGGCUGGUCAAAGUCCCCGGGCAGUGCUGCGAAGAGUGGGUCUGCGAUGAAAGCAAGGAUGUGCUGGAUGAGCUGGAAGGCUUCUUCAGCAAAGAGUUUGGGCUGGACGAUUCCGAAGGCGAACUAACCAGGAACAAUGAGCUAAUUGCCAUUGUGAAAGGAGGCCUGAAAAUGCUACCUGUCUUUGGAUCCGAGCCACAAAGCCGAGCUUUUGAGAAUCCCAAAUGCAUCGUGCAAACAACCUCCUGGUCCCAGUGCUCAAAGACGUGUGGAACCGGCAUCUCUACGAGGGUUACCAACGACAAUCCCGACUGCAAGCUCAUCAAAGAGACCAGGAUAUGCGAAGUGAGGCCAUGUGGCGAGCCUAGCUACGCCUCCCUAAAGAAGGGAAAAAAAUGUACCAAGACUAGGAAGUCCCCGUCCCCAGUGAAGUUCACUUAUGCCGGAUGUUCUAGCGUGAAGAAGUACCGCCCCAAGUACUGUGGCUCCUGCGUGGAUGGCAGGUGCUGCACGCCUCAGCAGACCAGGACUGUCAAGAUCAGGUUCCGCUGCGACGACGGAGAAACCUUCACCAAGAGCGUCAUGAUGAUCCAGUCCUGCCGAUGCAGCUACAACUGCCCGCACGCGAACGAAGCUUAUCCCUACUACAGACUAGUCAAUGACAUCCACAAAUUCAGGGACUAAGCUGUGUUGGGGGUGGGAUGCUAAAGAGAAUUUUGAAGUAACCAGCGAUGGAGAAAGGACCUUUGAUGGAAAUGGUGCCCUGCCCGUUUGAGGGCAACGUUGAGAUGUCACAAGAGUGCACUGUGCGACUGGACACUAAUGCAACAGAGAUUUAAGCAUACUUAAAGCUUCAUAGUACUGGAGCAACUUUACUGCUUCUUUUUGGAGCACCUUAUCUAAUUAUAUACUGUUUUCUGUUUGUAAGUGAUCAGAUAAA